AUGAACAAUUUUGUUAUAUUUCUGAGCAUCCUUUCCAUAUGUCUUUGUCUCCAAGUCUAAGUCUAAGUUGAUGAAGCAGAUUUAGUUGAUAAGAAUGAAUUGAAUAGAUUGUUUAAGAUAAAUUACGAUGGAUAAGUGUAAGAUUUUAUAUUAAUAUUUUAGGUAUUCAGGUUAUCUUAAAGCAAAUAAUGAAGGAACAGCUUAGUUUCAUUAUAUGUUUUAUCCAGCUCCUGUAGAUUCAUUAAAGAAACCUGUAAUUCUUUGGUUGAAUGGUGGUCCAGGAUGUUCUUCAUUAUAAGGUGCAUUUAAUGAGAAUGGUCCUUUUGUAUUUAAAGCAGGUACUGCUGAAUUUGAAAUGAAUUAGUAUUCUUGGACAAAUUUUGUAAUAAUUCAUUAUCUUAUAAUUAAGGCUAAUAUGCUCUAUAUUGAAUCUCCAAUUACAGUUGGAUUUUCAUAUGGUCCUUAAGGUGACUAAUCAGAUGAAUCUACAGCAAAAUAUAAUAUCAAUGCAUUGAUUGAUUUUUUUAGUCGAUUUACAGAAUAUAAAAAAUUGCCAUUUUUCAUUUCAGGAGAAAGUUAUGCUGGAAUAUAUAUUCCAACUUUAGCUAAUGAAAUCAUUGAUUAUAAUGUUGGAAAGCCAACUGAUAGUCUUAUUAAUUUAUAAGGAUUGGCAAUAGGUAAUGGUUGUACAGAUCCUACUGAAUGCACUGAUUAAGCUGAUCCAUUCUAAAUUCAUGUUUAUAAAUUUUAUGGAAGACACAAUUUUAUUAGUGAGGAAUUAUAUGAGAAAAUAUUGGCAGUCUAAAAUGAAUGUUAUGGAGUUAAAGAUGGAAAAUGUAAAGAAUUAGCUGACAAAGUUGAAGUUGAAGUUAGUGGAACAAAGGCAGCUCAUAUUAAAUUCAAUCCUUAUAAUAUUUAUGGUUAUUGCUUCACUUACACUCCAGAAGGUAGUAAGAUGAGUUAGAAAUUUAGUGGUAUGAGAUCACUAAAUGAUGAAUCUGAUGUUCCUCCUUGUGCUGAUGUUUAAGGAUUAUAUCACUAUUUAAAAUCUGCUGAAAUCAGAACUGUAAUAAUUAGAUUAUAAUUUAUAGCUUCUUAAAAUCAGAUAAGAAUCUGCUGAAUGGUCUAUUUGUUCAAGAACUUUGGGUAAUUAUUAGGUAAAUCCUAAGGGAUCUUACUAUUUAUAUUAAAAGAUCAUAAAAAAUUAAAUAAGAAUUUUGAAAUUUAGUGGUGAUGUUGAUGCUGUUGUUCCAUUAACAGGAACUAUGUUUUGGAUAGAUAAAUUGUAGAAAGAAUUAUGUAUUAUAUUAUUAUAAUUUGAAGAUUUGGCUACAUUGAAACCUUGGAGACCUUGGUUUAUUCAUGCAUAGAGAGAGGUUGAUCCUGAUUAAAAUGCUGGUUAUGUAAUGGAUUUGGAUGGUCUUACAUUAUUGACAAUAAGGAAUGCAGGACAUAUGGUACCAUUGGAUAAAAGAGAGGAAUCAGAAAUAUUUAUGUAGAAAUUUAUAAAAGGUGAAUUAUUCCCUUGA